AUGUCUCGCUCAGUAUUCGUUGGGAACUUGCCUUACAGUGCAAGAGAGGAGGAUGUGGCAAAUUUCUUUUGGCAAGUCGGUCCGGUAACCAGCGUGCGCAUCGUGUUGGAUCGGGACACAGGCCGUCCGCGUGGUUUCGGUUUCUGCGAAUUCGAAACGGAAGCAGCGGCGGAGCAAGCUGUUGGAAGUAUGAACCAUGCGGAAUUUAUGGGACGUCAGCUUCGUGUUGAUCGUGCUAUUUCUCGAUGA